CACAGCCUACACUUUCUUCAACUGCAAAAAUGGCGGUAGCCGUUCUCCGCCGCCGAUUUUUCCUCCAAUCUCGACGGGAAACCACCGGGAAGGUUGGCGACAUGUUCUGUAUUUCAGCCCUGAAUCAACAGCGGUCCUGCUUUGCCACCAGUAACGACGCCGUUUCCGAAGCGCACAAGAGCAAGAAGGGCAAAUGGUUCACCUUGCCGGCGUUCACUCCCGUCGUCGACGCUUCGUCCUUGGGGAAAGUGCUUUCCGGAAAUCUUACGGACUUGAACGGCGGUAAUGCCACCGCUGGAGCCUCUACAACGGCUUUGAAAUGGGUGGUUCGGUGCUGUCCGCAACUGCCGAGAUCGCUCGUACAGAAGCUCUUUCGCUUGAGGCAGGUUAGAAGAGAAUCCUCCAACAUGAUAACUUCUGAUGUUGGUGUUCAAAACCAAGAACAUCGACUUAAAAGGGUGGCAGCCAAGGACUUGAUGAACUUGGGAGAUCGAAUCCUUCUUCCUAUCACAGUUGAAGAGUUGCCUUCGGAAAAACAUGAGUACCAUUGCAAUGAUGAAGAAAUAAAUUUUGUCCAUAGCCUUGAAUUGUAUAAGGAUCCAUCCAUUAUUGUUGUCAAUAAACCUCCGGGAUUGCCUGUUCAGGGUGGCAUUGGCAUCAAAAGAAGUUUAGAUGAACUGGCUGCAACUUAUUUAAGAUAUGACUGCUCAGAACCCCCUCGACUAGUACACAGACUUGACAGAGAUAGUAGUGGCAUCUUGAUCAUGGGAAGGACACAAACAAGUGCUACAAUUCUGCAUUCCAUAUUUCGUGAGAAAACAUUUGGAGCAUCAAAUAAUGACAUUGAUACCAAGAAGAGAAUUUUGCAAAGGAGGUAUUGGACACUUGUCAUUGGUUCUCCAAGACGUCCAAGGGGAUUAAUUUCAGCACCAUUAGGAAAGGUGGUGGUGGAUGAUGGAAAGUCUGAACGAAUCACCAUUGUUGACAAUGUACAAACUAUGUCAUCUCAGCAUGCAAUCACAGAGUAUCGGGUGAUUAAAUCUUCAUGUCAUGGUUACACAUGGUUAGAGUUGUCUCCUCUCACUGGUAGAAAGCACCAGCUUCGAGUACACUGUGCUGAGGUAUUGGGAACACCCAUAGUUGGAGACUACAAAUAUGGAUGGCAAGCUCAUAGGAAGUGGAAGCAAUUGUCUCAGUCUAAUAUUGAAAAGAACUUGGAUGAAAAUCUUCCCAAUAGAAAGACGCAUCCUUUUGGCCUUGAUUUGGAGAGUGGAAGUAUCUUGGAUAAACAGCCCCACCUGCAUCUCCAUUGUAAGCAAAUGGUUUUGCCCAAUGUUUCUCUGGCCUUGCAGAAUUUGCAAUUGUCUGCAGAGUGUGAUCUUUCAGAACUAGAAAGCCUCAAGUUUGUUGCUCCUUUGCCUUCACACAUGCAAAGAAGUUGGGCCAUUUUGAAUUCAUGAGCUACUAUUGGAAUUUUGCAAGUUCUUUUUUAAGACAAUUUCUUCAUUUUGAGAACCACUCUUGACUUAGCUAUGAGAUGCUCAGAGGUGCAUUUACAACUUGUCUUACAUUUCUACAGCUGAAUCCUGUUGAUUGGGGAUUAAUUCCUGAUUCUGGGUAGUUUGAUAUGUCUGAAGCAUAAGAAGCUAUUUGGGAAACUGAGCAUCUGGAGAUCAACAAAGACAUGGAUGACCAAAAUGAAAAAAAUGUCAAACUGCCAUCUUUUGAGGGAAAGAGGGAAAAACAUGACCAACUUGGCUCCUGACUUAGCAGCCUCUCCAAAUUCAAUUUGAACCAGCCAGCCCGGUUACCUUAACUGCCCUAGGUGGGUCAGAAUCAAGUUUUUGAGUGCAUAUCCUAACAUUGUGUUGCCCCUACCAUUACACUUUUCCACAAGCACCAGUUAUUUGAUCAAAUGACAUCCCAUGUAACAGUCUUUAACAUGUGUGCUCUCUUCUCAUCAUGAGAGAAAGAUGCAGGGGAAAAGGACUCAAUUGUGCCUAUUUUUUGCAGCUACCAUUUACCCUGGAUAGCAAGCAGCAGGCUUUAUUGUUUGUGUAAAGACCAUAAGCUGCACAAUAAUUAUAUGUAGUGUUUCUUUUUAUUCCUAGACCCAACAUUCAUUUAUAUAAUCUUUUUGCCUCAUCAAACUUGCUACUGCUGAAUGCUGCUACAAUGUGUUCUUCUGAAUAAAGAGGACUACCAGAUUCUGAACA